AUGAGCCUCUUGGGUGACCAUGCCAUUGGAGUCCUCUCGGAUCUGGAAGCAAAAUGCGAGGAAGUCUGGUACUCGCCUACAACGGGCACCAAACAAGUAUAUUCGAAAGAUUCACGCAUUGGGGAGAAGACGAUCGUCGCGCUUGUUAAGUGCACGCGUUGUGAAGACAAGUUCCUUCCCCCGCCCGACAAAGUGGAGGAGUUGAAGGUGUUCGCUGAGCAAGGAUUCACCGAGCAAUUGGGUUGUCACCAGUGUAUAAUAAUGUUUCAUUCGACGACGGUUUUGCCGCCAUCCCUCGACUUUGGUUUCUUCUGCUUUUGA